AUGUCUUCAAUAUCGUUCCCGCACUCAGGCGACGAAAUGGGCUCAUCUUCCAGCUCACUGCACGACUCGAUGCAGGCGCCAUUCUACACCCCCACUCCGUUCGACAUGUCAUCUUCUUCCUUUCAAAUGAAUCCUCUUUCUGCGCACCCGCCUCGUACGCCGCGCCCGAGUACUACGCAGUCGCACUUUAGGAAUAUGAGCAUGAGUAUUAGCGUGUACGACGAAAAGGCGGAGGAAGAACAGGACAGAGAGACGGUUAAAGCAGACAAGGCGGAGGUAGAUGAAGACGAGAUCGUGGAGCUAGACGAGGAAGAUGUACAUGUUAAAGAGGCUGAAAAGUUAGUUGGGGCUCACGAGGUGUGGCGAGAUAUGUUUGUUACAAGUAACGGACGAGACAAAGCAUUUAAGUCAUCUUUGAGGCAGAAAUUAAUGCAAUACUCGAUACGUGUAUAUCUGCUCUUCCACAGCAAGAUAUUAUUUCGUAACAGGAAGUCCGCUUGGCAGCGGGAAAUUGCACGAAGGCUUGGGGAUGCAAAGUGGGGGCUCUCUUUCACGAGAAAAAUGCUCAUCAUGUUCAACUGGUUAGCCCCCCUGAGUCAAAUAUUAGCGCAACAAUCCGUGCCCUUCUCGUCUUCCGGAUCUUCCCUUGUGCCUCACAGCUUCACAGAUACCUCCGCGCCAUCCUCCAAAUCUUUGCAAUCAUCGGGGGGUCCCUUCCUUUCGCACCCGGUCCUCCGAGCUUUGCUGUCGGCUCCGCCCCCUGUUCUCCUAGAGCUUGUAAAUGGUUUGUCGGAUGAUAUACACUCGCUUUCCCGGCUCGGCAUAAUAGGAUCUAAGCUGGGAGAGCGCGCGGCCCGGUUUGCUGACUGGUGUUGGCUCUUUUCCACACUGGUCGGUCUGGUAGAGAAUGGUGUCGAAUUGGGCGUUAUUGAGGGCCUUCGACGAGAAGGUGAAACGAUUGAUUUUUUUUACCGCUUCAAAUCCGGUCGCUCAUUUGUUCCAGUUCAAUCAAGGGCAUACAAAGAGUCGCUCUCGGGAGCUACCUCAAAGUCACAACCAAAAACAUCAAAAAUUGACGAACGUGAGCUAACGCGCCUAGAGAAGCAGAACUAUUGGCUCCAGAUCUCAAGGGCAAAGCUUGCCAUGGAUCUCAUUUUCGUCUCGUGGGAUAUCUGUAGGAUCAAAAGGUGGAAAGACACUGUCCAGUCCUUCACUGGCCUUGCAGCCGCGGUCCUGAGGUAA